CAGUUGCCAUCAGUGCCACCUAUCAGUGUCCAUCAGUGCAGCCUAUCAGUGCCCAUCACUGAAGCCUCAUUAGCGCACAUCAGUGAAGGAAAAAAAUCAGUUAUUUACAAAAUUUUAUAAAAAAAACUAAGAAAGCUUUUUUUUUUUUUUAAUUUUCUGUGGUUUUUGGUUUGUUUAGCAAAAAUAAAAAACCCAGAGGUGAUUAA